AUGGAAAUGAAUCUCUCAGAAUCAUUAUAUGCAUACGAUUCUCUCCACAAACAGGGAAAUAACCUAAUCCAUCAGAUGUCAAAUAAAGACCUGGACGAAGAAGAUGUAGCACUCUUGAAGAAGUUUGGGUACCAAUACUACUAUCACUACCUCCAUCGCUAUUUAGAUUCGCCACUUAACCUGAUGAAAAUGGAAAGAACGUCGAUGCAGAACCUGUGCCACACGAUCUUAAUGGAGUCAGUGAGCCUAGUGAAGUACUACGACGUAAUACCAAGAGACUGCUCACUGGCACCAAUAAGACUAGUACUGACCAGGAACACAAUGCACGCAAACGACGUGAAAGAAAUAGACUUCAUGUUCAUGUGGAACAUGUUCGACAGCUCAACAUCAAUGAAAAUAUUUGCACAAAUGUUAUGCAGAGACUACGGAAUAGAAUAUAAUAAAAAUGUGUCAACAGAAUUUGAAAAACAAAUAAUUGAAUCAUCAAUAGUGGAGUGCGACUUCGCAAUGGUAAUGGAGAUGCUGGCAAGAGAAUUAAAAGUCUCCUGGGAAUUCCAUCAAAAGUUUAAAAGAAAAAUAAAAAUAGAUCUUAGCCCAGGAAAAACAGAUUCAAAAGUGUACGAACACGUAGUCUGGGAUCUGCUGAGCUCAGAUUGGGAAAUCAGAGAUCUGAUAACAGGACUAAUAGAUGACCACGGGUUCAACCAAGACCAAGUAGGAAGCAUAAUAUACCACUUCAAAAGAGAUAUAUUGUACAAAAAGAAGGACAUAGUGAGGAAAUAUAGAGACGCAUUGGUCGAAUACUCAAAAAACAAUAACCUGAGAGAACCGUUCAUCUCAAGGAAUUUUAAAGAGGACCUGAAGGACGAUAGACCAUUUCUAAUAUAUCAGACAAUCAAAUGCCCUCUGGAAAUUAAAAAAAUGUUUAGAUCCUCGUAUAAGGAAAGACUACAAGUAAUCUCAAGAAUGUAA